GGAGCCGCGGGCUCAGAGCGCACCCAGCCGGCGCUGCGCAGCACUGGGACCCGCGCUCUCCCGGCAGCCCUGCCAGCCCGCUCUGCACUCGCCUGCCGGUCCGCCCUCCGGCCUCGCGCGCCCUCGGUGCUGCCCGUCUGCGUCCCUCGGCUCCGCCGGCACCAUGCACCUCUCCCAGCUGCUGGCCUGCGCCCUGCUGCUCACGCUGCUUUCGCUCCGGCCCUCCGAAGCCAAGCCGGGGGCGGCGCCGAAGGCCCCACGGAACCCGCCUGGGGAGGAGGUGCCCGAGCCCCAGACUGCAGGCGGCGGGCAGAAGAAGGGCGACAAGGCUCCCGGGGGCGGAGGCGCCAACCUCAAGGGCGACCGAUCGCGACUGCUGCGGGACCUGCGUGUGGACACCAAGUCGCGGGCGGCGUGGGCCCGCCUUCUGCACGAGCACCCCAACGCCCGCAAAUACAAAGGGACCAACAAGAAGGGCUUGUCCAAGGGCUGCUUUGGCCUCAAACUGGACCGGAUCGGCUCCAUGAGCGGCCUGGGAUGUUAGUGCGGCGACCCCUGGCGGCGGAUUGGGAGCUUGCUCGGCUGUGCUGAGGUCAUCCUUGGUCACCGCCUGCAGCAACUGGAAGCACCUCCAACGCAAUGUGGCUUUCACAUUUCUUUCUUUCUCUUUUUUUUUCUUUUCCUGGUACUGGGAAUACACAACACCAGCUGUUUUAUUAUUAUUUGGGGAGGGGGGUAUGAAUUUAUUGUUUAAUUUUUUUGAAAAUGAAAAAUAAAAAGUUAUAUAUUAUAUAUAUUAUAUACAUGAGACACACACCUACACCGGGUUGAUGACAAGAGACAGUUUUUAAGAGACUGACAAAACCAGCUGUAAAACAUUGCUCUUUGUACAUUCAUGUCAUGCCUAAAUGUAUUUAUGUUGUAAAGCUAUUUAUAUUGUUUAUAAAGAGAUAUUUAUAAAAAUUUUAUUUAUGUAACUAAAUGAAAGAAGUCAAUCAUUGUAAUGUUUUUGUCCUAACUAGUUGAAAAAAAUGUAAAAGAAAAAAAAAAGUCACUCCAUGAACACCUUGGAGACUGUC